AUGGCAAUCGACACCCUCUCUCUCGCCGGCAAAAUAGCCAUCAUUACAGGCUCUGGCCGUGAAAACGGUAUCGGCGCAGGCAUCGCCAAAGCUCUCGCUCGAAACGGAGCAGCCGUCACCAUCCACUAUGUCAGCGACUCUGUGACUGAACGAGCCCGUGCAACCGCGGAUAGCAUCAAGUCCGACGGAGGCAGAGCAAUCGUUGUCCAGGCUUCUAUUGAAACACCCGAGGGUGCCCAAUAUCUAGUUGACGAGACUUUGCGAGGCUUCAAUACCGACCAUAUUGAUAUCUUGGUCAAUAACGCAGGUGUGGCUACAUUUGGCGAGACCUUGGCAGUCAAAGCUGGGCAAUUGACCCAAGCUUUUGACGUCAACAUCAAAGGCCCAAUAUUCGUUGCACAAGCUGUUGUACCUCUCAUUGCGCCUGGCGGUAGGAUUAUCAACAUCAGCUCAAUUGCCUCUAAGCUUGGUGAUUCUGUUAUCCCAGUUUACGGCGCCUCCAAAGCUGCCCUAGAUAGCCUCACAUGGUCUUGGGCCAAAGAGUGGGGGCAUAGUAAGGGAAUUACUGUCAAUGGAGUUGCCCCAGGGCCCGUUUUGACAGACUCGAAUCCUGCAGUGGAGUUUCAACAGCCCACGAUUGAUAUCACACGAGCUGCCUCAAGGGCCGGUACUCCAGCGGAUAUUGCAGACGCUGUACUUUUGCUGGUGUCGGAGAAAGCGAGGUGGAUCACAGGACAGUACAUAUCUGUCAGUGGAGGAGUUAAUAACUGA